AUGACAGGGCACAACAAGGAGAAGCAUUAUGAGUGUGACGAGUGUGGCAAGCCCUGGCAGAAGCUGAGCCAGCUGGAGACCCACCGUGGCAAGAACUUUGCCGACUCGUUGGGGCGGCAGCUGCAUCAGCGCGUGCACAGCAGUGAGCGGCCGUUCACCUGCUCCAACUGUGGCAAACGCUACAAGUCGGCGUCAAACCUGAAGAACCACAGGCGCAUGCACACCAGGGGAGCGGCCCUACACCUGCAGCGACUGCGGCAUGGAUUUCACCCGCUCCACCCAUCUGCUGUCCACCAGCAGGUGCACUCUGGCGAGAGGCCCUUUGGCUGCUCCGACUGCAGCAAGUACUUCAAGACGACGGAAGAUCUGAAGAUCCAUUGGCGAGUGCAUACGGGCGAGAAGCCAUAUGGCUGCUCCACCUGCGGCAAGAGCUUUGCCAGGUCGACGGAGCUACGACAGCACCGGCGGGUGCAUAAACAAGUGAGGCUUAUGACGCAAGAGGCUGAAAAAUCAGAGGCCAGGUUCAUUACAAUGGAAGCUCAGUCCAAAUCGAAAAUCAAGCAGAUUGAAGAGGAGCUGGACAAUGUACAGAUUGUACCUUCUCGCAGGAGCUGCUGGAGCUCAAAGAUAUAG